CAGGAAAUUCAGGAGGAAGAUGAAAUCUCAAUGAGUUCGUAGCAAUUUUCGAAACAUUAUUGUGAUUUUUGUGUAUUUAGUUAUGAAUUUUCUCUCUCUCUCUCUCUCUCUCUCUCAUUUUGAACAUGGAUGAAGACCCAAUUCCUUCUUCAGAACCACUCGACCUUAACACCAUUCAGAGACAAGUGAGAGAGCUGGAAGCGAUUAUCGAAAGUUGUCGCCAAAAAUAUGCCUCAGAAUUAUCCCCUUCAGAUUCUGAUGAUUUAAUCAGAAACUGCGGUCUCCUCCUCCAGGAUCUGGAGAAAGCAAAACUGGGUGCAGAUGUUGAUUACCAUAAAUGUGGGAAAGAUCUGUUGGAUCCGAUGAAUGUGAAUGCAGACAAGUUUGAGAUUUUUCCAAAUGAUGUAUACAUAAAUGAUAUUCUUGAUGCUGCAAAGUCUUUGAGGAAAUCUUCAUUGCAGUGGUUUGUAACAAAAGUGCAAGACAGAAUAGUUCUAUGCACCAUGAGGCGACUAGUGGUAAAAAAUGCAAACAAAUCAAGAUACUCAUUGGAGUACUUGGAUAAAGAUGAGACAGUAGUAGCUCAUGUGGUUGGAGGAGUUGAUGCAUUCAUCAAGGUUGCUCAAGUUUGGCCAUUGUUAAGUUCUCCAUUGAAACUGAUAUACCUCAAGAGCUCUGAUCAACAUUCAAAGGGAAUUUCUUUAAGUUUUCUGUGCAAGGUUCAGGAUUCAUCUUCGGAAUCUGAAUGCUUAACAUUGUUCUUCCCACUUCGAAGUGCUCUGUUACGUGAUACAUCUUCUGAACCUGAAUGCUUAACAUGGUUCUUCUCACUUCUCCGUGCUCUGUAACGUGAUUCAUCUUCGGAUCUGAAUGGUUAACAAGAUUCUUCCCACUUCGGCGUGCUCUGUUACUUUAUUCAUCUUCUAAAGUUGAAUGUUUAACAUGGACAAUAUGCAUCAUCGGUAGGGGAGCCCACGUAGGGGAGCCCACGGCAUACAAGAUUUUUAGAAAAUGAUUAUUCAUCGUGGACAAUAUGCAUCAUCGCUAGGGGAGCCCACGACACCAGGCUUGCCGAUCGCAGGAUAGAAACAUGAAUGCCCACUGGACGCGUGGCACAUCCACAGUGAAUGUCCACAAUCCCACAUCGAAAUUCUACACAACUUGCACACCUCCCAAAGUUUAUAAAAGGUGCACAAUUCCCCAAAAUGGGGGUAAUCAGAACUUACGGCAUACUGCCUAUUGAUCUGUUAGUUCAGGUUAACUAAGUCCGUACUUACUUAAGCAUCGGAGAGCAUUCGGCCGGUACCACACCGGUGCCUAAAGGUCUUACUGAGCGUGUGUUAUUUUACAAAUCACGUGCUCUAAUGAGGCCCAAAAUCAUACCGAAUGCCCAACAUCACUAAGUUGGCCUCAAGAACUGCCGAACCCUUUUUUAGCGUCAACAUGGUUCAUCUCACUUCUCCGUGUUCUGUAACGGAAUUCAUCUUCAGAAUUUGAAUGCUUAAUAGGGUUCUUCCCACUUCGAUGUGCUCUGGUACUUGAUUCAUCUUCUGAAUCUAAAUGCUUGACAGUGUUCUCACGUCGACGUGCUCUUUUACGUGAUUCAUCUUCUGAAUCUGAAUGCUUAACAUACUUUGAUAGCUUACAAUGA